AUGGUGCUUCUCGCUGCCCUUCUAGCCUGGUUUUCUCUUCUUACAGCAGUUCCGGCGGCUUUGGACCCGAAGCUCGCGGGGACUUGGUCAACAAAGUCGAGAAACGUUGUCACUGGUCCAGACUUUUAUGAUCCCAUUAAGGAUCGGUUCAAAGAGCCGGAAAAUACUGGCAUUUCCUACUCUUUUACUGAUGACGGAUUCUUCGAAGAAGCAUACUAUCGCGCGAUCUCGAAUCCGACCACGCCGUCAUGCCCAUCGGGGUUCAUGCAGUUCCAACACGGAAAGUAUAGUGUGGAAUCAAAUGGCUCGCUGGUCCUCACACCAUUUGCAGUAGAUGGCCGCCAGUUAUUUUCAAACCCGUGCAAGGGUAAAGAGUCAACGUACUACCGGUUCAACCAAACGGAGAUUUUCAAGGUACCCUACGUCUUUUCCUGUGAGAGGCAACUUGCGCUAACUGUUCGGGAAAUUCUACAGCGAUACGAAGUCCAGAUUGACCCCUUUCAUAACGUGAAGCGCCUCAACCUCUUUCAAUUUGACGGAACGCCUAUGAAUCCCAUGUUCCUUAUCUAUGAUCCCCCGCAGAUGCUCCCCACCCAGACCUUAAACCCAACCACCCUAGCUUCCGCGACCGGCCAACCCAAGGCAAAGCGCAGCUUUCUAAAUGGCGAACAACAGAACAAUCAACACAAGAAGCGUUUAUUGGUCGGAAGUAGCAGACUCGCAAAUCCUGAUAAUUGGUGGUGGGCUGGUGUGGUCAUGACAAUUGCGGGAGGCGCCACUUUUCUUUACUGCGAAAUUCCCUGGAAACGUUAG